UGUCGCUUGUGAAAAUGUGAUUGGUUGCUAACGCGAAAUUGUUGACGUUAGGUCCGCGCGCGAGUCGGCGAUCGCAACAGGUUUGCACGUGCCUUGAUCGCCCUGGAAUCUCGUCGCAUGUGUGACAUCAGCUGGACCCUGCAUUCACGCCUUGAAAUUUAGGACGUUGGCGCGUUUAGGGGCAUUGACUAUAACUGGACGGGGAUAUAUCUUGUGUGACGUACUCGCGGUUUGCGCAAUUACAACAUUGUUGAUAUUCGCUGCUUUCCUUGCCUUUUUCUUGCAACUCGCAUUACAUUUACCUCUACCAUCGCGUUUCUUUAUCAAUAUACCCGGAACUCAUCUUGAACGCUACCAUGAAAUCGUUCAAGAGCUUCAUGGACAAGCGUCGUCAGAGCUGGCAAAAUCGGGGCAAGAAGGAGCAAGAUCCGGCACCGGCACCACCCGCUCCCACUCCCGCCGACGCCGGCAACGAGAAGCGCGCAGCAGCUCCACAAGCCAACAACGAACAGCAACAAGUGCUAGCUGAGGCCGCACCUGGCACUCUGCAGUUGGCGCUGCAGAACAAAUCCAACUCCGCCGAUGUAUACUGCUACAUCACCGGCCUUGCUCUCGAGCGAAACAACACUCCUCUCUUUGUGCAAGCCAACGGCCAGUCCAUCUACUACCCAGUAGCCCCGAAGGAUAUACAACAGCCACUCCAAGCCGAUGUCGCCAUUCCACUUGGCCGCCCGGGUAACACCGUCAACGUCAGGAUCCCCAAGAUUGCUGGCGGUCGUAUCUGGUUCAGCAUUGGCGCAAAGCUUACAUUCCUCCUCAACCCAGGCCCUGCGGUCGUUGAGCCCAGUGUGACCAACCCAAGCGACCCCAACUUCAACAUUAAUUGGACUUUCUGCGAGUUCACAUACAACGACGCGCAGUUGUUCGCCAACAUCAGCUACGUCGACUUUGUCAGCAUUCCCGUUGCGCUCAGCUUGACCAGCAACGACGGCAAGACCCAAACAGUACCUGGCAUGGGCGCAGACGGCUUCCGGAGAAUCAUGGAAGAGCUGCGCGCGCAAGCCCAGCGUGACGGUCGCCCAUGGGAUAAGUUGAUCUACGAGGCCAACGGACAGCCUCUGCGGGUGCUGAGCCCGAACAACCUGCUCGUAGGCAAUGAGAACGCAUGGGGCGACUACUGGAACGGCUACAUCCAGGCUGUAUGGAACAAGUACCGCAACGAAGACAUGACCAUCAACACCCAAGCCGCAGCCGGCAACCUCAAGGGCCGCGUCCAUGGCAAUGAGCUCGAACUAGGCGAGGCAGGAAAGUUUGCUGCUCCAUCAGCACGGGAUAUCUUCACCUGUAGCACCGGACCCUUUGCAACGGGAUCGAAUCAGGCGCGCAAUGCAGUCAUCCCCCGUCUCGCAGCUGCGUUCAACCGUAGUAUCUUGCUGAACACGCCCGGCAACCAGUUCCCCAACGGCAGCAACCCGAGCCAGUACUACAAGGACCAGACGACCAACCACUACUCGCGCAUCGUUCAUCAAGUGCAGAAAGAUGGACGCGGGUAUGCUUUCCCAUAUGAUGACGUCGUUCCGGAUGGUGGUCAGGAUGUGGCAGGCACGAUCUUCGCUGGUAGCCCGAAGUUGUUUACUAUCGCCGUUGGUGGGCAGUGAGAUGCUGAAGUGGAUGGGAAGUAUGGGAGUUGGAUGGUGUAUUUACGAUGUGAUGAGUACAUACUAUUGAGCUUGUUGUAUAUGUUUCGCAUAGAUCUUGGUUGGGUGGGUCUGGGAGAGAUCUGGUACAUAGUUGACUUUGAUAUAUAUUUGAUGAUCAAUGAAGUUUGCAUUUUCACCUCCCUUACUAUCA